AUGCGGCUCUUCCUCAUUCGACAUGGAGAGACCGUUGACAACGUGGCCGGUUUAUACGCAGGCAUCCGUGAUUCUCCCCUCACCACCCACGGUGUUUUGCAGGCCUGUCGUCUAGCCACCCACUUUGCCUCGCCGGCGUCAGCAAUCGGUCCUGUCACGCACAUCUUCUCUUCCGAUCUGCAACGCGCAGUCAAUACUGCCCAGGCCAUUGUCGACGCCCAGGUGGAGAGAGCAACGGAGAAGGAAGAUCCCGACCGUCCCAAGCUCCAACUGGUACAAGUUGUCGAGCUACGCGAACGCGAUUUCCGAUCCGCCGAGGGGAAGCGCUUUGGCACGCCGCAUCCCGAUGCUGAAACGCAUGACGAGAUGCGCGCGCGAGCCACCGCCUUCAUCCAAGCCCACCUGGGUCCGCUGCUGGACAGUAUACUCACCGGUGACAAGUGCAAGAUAUCCAACUCCGUCCUGGUUGUCGCGCAUGGCUUGAUCCUCAACUCGCUCUUGAGAUCUCUUUGGGCGCGUUAUGCCCCGGAAGAUAUGACGAGGCUUGCCAACGUCAAUUCCUCGUCGGGCUCUGUUGCCGGAAGGUCAGAGUUCCUCGCCUCUUGGAGCAACACCGGAUACCUCGAGAUCAACGUGGAUGCCAUUCCAUCGUCUGAGGAUACCGAGAAGUCGGCUGUUAGGUUGACUGUCGUCCGGGCCAAUGCCCUUGACCACCUCCAAGGCCUGAAAAGGACUCGGGGUGGCAUCGGGAGUGCCAAGUUCGACACUAAACAGAAGACGAUGGAAUCGUUCUUCAAACCCGCUGCCAAAAAGCGACGGGUUGAUUGA